UCAGUCAGCACUUUGAACACUUUGGGGCAAACCGCAGUCGGAUUGUCGCUGUCACAGGUUGACAAUAUUGAUGGGAACACUCUGGAGCAAGCCCUGCCAAUCCUGAGCAACGUCACAGGCUGGAACAUUGGCCAGGCUAAUUCCAUCGUAAACAAGCUCCUACAAGGCGGUUUUGAGGUCAAUGACACGGAUAGACUGCUGGGUCUGGGAAGCCUGAUUGUCGGCAUUCCCAGCAAUGUGUUCCGACGUAUUAAUCCCGAGAUAUUUAUCAAUGUAAUCUCAAACACGAGGUUUGUGCAGGACAUUCAAACAGCACCACAAUCUAUACGGACGAUCUGUGUUCUGCAGGUGCUGAGGAACGUCAAGAACCCAGCCGCCACUGUGAGGAAAAUCCCAUCUGGUCUCGUCAAAGAGAUUCCAUCUGUGCUGUUAACCUCCAACUUAAGCAUCAUCGACGUGAACAAUAAACAGUGGACUCCCAGUCAGGCUGCCGUUUUCUUUCAAGCUGUGGUCAAAUCCAACAACAAUUUUGAGACAUAUUCACAAGCUGUCCUCAGAGGCUUUAGUUGUGGUGCAACGAAAACCCUCCCAUUCCCAGUGUUCCUGAAGCUCGUUCAAGCAGUGAAGGAUAAAGAGGUUGUGCUGGAUGAAAGUCAGCUUGAGUGUAUGGCUGGAAGGCUCACUUCUGCAAGAACUGAUGUCACAUUGGAUGUCUUACCUGCGGAUGUUCUGCUGUUCAAUUAUCAAUACUUCAGGACUCGGUUCAACUGCCGGGAGUUCUUCAAGUUAGUUGGGAAAUCGAAAGUUAAUACCUUACGGAGAGUAUCAGCAAGAAAGCAACGUAUUCUGAGUGAUGCCAAGAUCUGCCUGGGAAUUACUGGCAACAAGCUGACGAAGGAGAGUGUGACCACAUUCGGUCGAUUGGUCUGUGAACUUGAUGGAUAUGCAAUCCUGGCAUCUGAUAUAACAAUUCUGGACGAAUUAAAAAAAUGUGGCACCUAUCAAGAAGAUCAGAAGAUUGCAAUUGAAAUUCUCCUCAGAAAUGGAAAAAGCAGAUAUGGUGUUCCUUCAUCCUGGUCCUCGUCUACGAUACAAAGCAUUGGAAAUCUUUGUUUGGCCUUGACUGACACAUGGAGUGAAAUCGACAGGCCAACCCUUGAUGCAGCUCUGCCAAGAUUUAUCAAGGCAAUCAAAAAAACACAACCUCGUGAAGAAGUGUUGAGAUUUAUUGAGCGGCUCAAGUUAGGAGAAAGGUCGAACAAUACUGCAACCUGUACAGUGGGAGUGAUAGCUCCUGAGGACAUCAAUGACCUGACGCCUGCAAUCUACAAUGCAGCCCAGUUGGACCUUUGUUUGAGUGAUGCUGUGCUGAAAGAUAAUGUUCUCCAACUGGGAUCUCUUGCCUUUGGUCAAACUCAGCUGAAAAUGCUGAAAAUGAGACUUCUACAGAUUUAUUCCAGUGGCCUCCCAGAAAACCAGCUACAACUAUUGGGCAACAUCUCCAUCGUGUUCAAUGUAACAGAAAUCAACAGCUGGAAUAUCACUCGAGUGGAGACACUUUCUGCAUUAUUGAGGCGAGAGCAGGAAAACAUAACGGUUAAAGCCAUCAUUACAAGAUACCUCCGGUUCAAUGAUGUUCUUAAUGCAGUCUCUUUGAAAGCUGUUGGUGGAGGCAACUUGUGCAUUCUGGACAGAGAGCAGCUGGUGAACAUUUCAAAUCUGACGGACGCCGGGGCUCUGGAGUUUUCUUCUUGUCCUCAGUCGGUCAAAAACCUCCUUUACAAUCAGGCCCUCCUGGCACUGAAACCUGAGCAAAAGAACCCCAUCACAUACUAUCAACUGAUCAAGGCGUAUAUUGGCGGUGCCACAACUGAUGACUUGAAGUUUCUUGCAAUUAAUAAAGUCAACAUGGAGUUUGGAAUCUUCAAGAAUUUGAAUCCCAAAGAAGUGCAGAAUCUGACCGCCCAGAACAUCAUCGACCUGCUCGGGUUUAACCUCCAAGCUCUCCGGAAUGGUGUGAAUGAAACGGUUGUGGUGGUUUGGGUGGCCUCAAACAUUGAGUCUGAAGUCCGCAAGCUUGGGUUGAAGGGCGGUAUUCCAGAUAAUUCAACAGAAGGAAGAUUGUGCGGCAGUGUGAACAGUUCGGCUUUGAAUGAUUUCCUGACUGCAGUUAAUGCAAGCCAACUAUGCAACUUCAAUAUCACACAGUUUGCAUGUGCAGAGCCUGAGCUGCUGCUUUUAGGUUUAAGCAGUAACCUCUUGUCAAAGGUGUUCCAGUGCUUCACUGGCCUGAAGCCUCUGAACAGAUCGGAUGAAACGGCCCUGACUGUUUUCAUUCAGAAGCUCAACAGAACCAAAUUGAUGGAGGCCCUGGACAUGUUCAACAACAAGACACGGAACACAACAUUAAUUCCCCUGAUGACAAAAACAACGUUUCUGAAUGCCUUGUGGGAGGUGGUGAGGACCAGGGACAACUUGGCCAGUCCCGCCUUCCUGAGGAAGUGGUUCCAGGAGCAAUUCCGGCCGUUCAUUGCUGGCAUUUCCCAGUCGGUGCUGAUGUCGUUGCUGAGAAGAGACAUCAGCUGUGAAGGUUACCGAGCAGUCUUAAAUGGCCUGAAUUAUGGAUUUGUUGAAAUGCCACGUGUAACACGGGAAACUGUGCUGAGACAAUGGAUCUUUGGUUACCUCAACAACACAGCAUUCCCAUUGCGUUGUUUUGAAAAUGGCAGCGUUACCAUCUACGUGAAAAACUAUUUCCAAAGUUUUGCUGGUUUGCUCAAUCUGACGAAUGCAUUUUUCCUGACUCCUGAGGUGAUCAAUGUUACCGAUCCCCGUGACUUGGCUGAUGUGUUGAGCAUGCCUGGAUUCAUUGAUGACAACCAGAUCCUGACCAGAGUGUUAGUCCAUGUCCAACCCAUUCACAAACUGGCUGCAUUCGUGGACGGAUUCAAUGAAAGAACCCAAGAUAGUAAACUCUCAGCUGCUGACCGAGCUGCGAUCCUGCAGAGUGUGUGGCCUCUGUUCACCAGCAGUCUGCCUGUGCUCAAUGUCACCCAGGUGGAUCAAUGGCUUCAGUUCAGACUAACUCCAUAUCUACCAUUCAUCACCUCUGCCCUUUUGGCUUCUAACAACAGCCUGAGGAUCGACUGUCUUUCCUACCGCAAAAUUGUAAGAACGUUGAAUAAGCCCUACCAUGAACUGACUGCAGACAAACAGAGGGAAAUCUAUGAUGGCAUCAAAGCUUAUCUCCUGCAAGGUCCCAAGCCCAAGUGCUAUAAUGUUACUGAUCCUACCCUGAACUCCACUGCCUGGUUUGCUCAAUAUCUGGGGCUUUACAUGAAUCAGAUAUCCAACGUGGACCUUCUGUCCUUCUUCAAUAAUGAAUCUGAGAUUCAACGAUUUGCUGAAAACCCUGAAAACUUGGCACUCUUGGCAAAUCUGAUGUUACCCAGCGAAGUUUCAAAGUUCUACCUCAACCUGGUGCUCAGAAACAACUCUAAUGUGAAUGUCUCAAGCCUCCCAGACUCUCUGGUUUGCUUCAUUGACGGUACUUCACAGACCUUGAGUGGACAGGAUAUCUUGUCUGUGAUCGAGAAGGUCAACCAAGUGUGUGGGCCUGAUGUGUCUCCAAACACAACUGCCAAUGGCACCUUACCCGCUGUAGGUCCAACAGAUGAACAGCUUCAGCUGGCGGUAUAUUUAGUGAGCAAAAUCGACAACUUUUCAGUCAGCACUUUGAACACUUUGGGGCAAACCGCAGUCGGAUUGUCGCUGUCACAGGUUGACAAUAUUGAUGGGAACACUCUGGAGCAAGCCCUGCCAAUCCUGAGCAACGUCACAGGCUGGAACAUUGGCCAAGCUAAUUCCAUCGUAAACAAGCUCCUACAAGGCGGCUUUCAGGUCAAUGACACGGAUAGACUGCUGGGUCUGGGAAGCCUGAUUGUCGGUAUUCCCAGCAAUGUGUUCCGACGUAUUAAUCCCGACAUAUUUAUCAAUGUAAUCUCAAACACGAGGUUUGUGCAGGACAUUCAAACAGCACCACAAUCUAUACGGACGAUCUGUGUUCUGCAGGUGCUGAGGAACGUCAAGAACCCAGCCGCCACUGUGAGGAAAAUCCCAUCUGGUCUCGUCAAAGAGAUUCCAUCUGUGCUGUUAACCUCCAACUUAAGCAUCAUCGACGUGAACAAUAAACAGUGGACUCCCAGUCAGGCUGCCGUUUUCUUUCAAGCUGUGGUCAAAUCCAACAACAAUUUUGAGACAUAUUCACAAGCUGUCCUCAGAGGCUUUAGUUGUGGUGCAACGAAAACCCUCCCAUUCCCAGUGUUCCUGAAGCUCGUUCAAGCAGUGAAGGAUAAAGAGGUUGUGCUGGAUGAAAGUCAGCUUGAGUGUAUGGCUGGAAGGCUCACUUCUGAAAGAACUGAUGUCACAUUGGAUGUCUUACCUGCGGAUGUUCUGCUGUUCAAUUAUCAAUACUUCAGGACUCGGUUCAACUGCCGGGAGUUCUUCAAGUUAGUUGGGAAAUCGAAAGUUAAUACCUUACGGAGAGUAUCAGCAAGAAAGCAACGUAUUCUGAGUGAUGCCAAGAUCUGCCUGGGAAUUACUGGCAACAAGUUGACGAAGGAGAGUGUGACCACAUUCGGUCGAUUGGUCUGUGAACUUGAUGGAGAUGCAAUCCUGGCAUCUGAUAUAACUAUUCUGGAUGAAUUAAAAAAAUGUGGCACCUAUCAAGAAGAUCAGAAGAUUGCAAUUGAAGUUCUCCUCAGAAAUGGAAAAAGCAGAUAUGGUGUUCCUUCAUCCUGGUCCUCGUCUACGAUACAAAGCAUUGGAAAUCUUUGUUUGGCCUUGACUGACACAUGGAGUGAAAUCGACAGGCCAACCCUUGAUGCAGCUCUGCCAAUAUCUUAUCAAGGCAUCAAAAAAAAACACGACCUCGUGAAGAAGUGUUGA